AUGGCUGAGCGCCUAGCCGAGGCUUCCCGGCAACGCCGAGUGAAAGUCAUGACGGCCGCUGCGGGUUCGGCGGGCCGCGUCGCAGUGCCCCUGCUGCUGUGCACGCUCCUGGCGCCCAGCCGCACGUACGUGCUCGACGACUCCGACGGGCUGGGCCGGGAGUUCGACGGCAUCGGCGCGGUCAGCGGAGGCGGGGCAACCUCCCGACUUCUAGUAAAUUAUCCAGAACCAUAUCGUUCUCAAAUAUUGGAUUAUCUUUUUAAGCCAUACUUCGGUGCCUCAUUGCAUAUUCUAAAAGUUGAAAUAGGCGGUGAUGGGCAGACCACAGAUGGCACUGAACCCUCCCACAUGCACUAUGCGCUAGAUGAGAAUUACUUUCGAGGAUAUGAGUGGUGGUUAAUGAAGGAAGCUAAGAAGAGAAACCCUAAUAUUACACUCAUUGGGUUGCCAUGGUCAUUCCCCGGAUGGCUAGGAAAAGGUUUCAACUGGCCUUACGUAAAUCUUCAGCUGACUGCCUACUAUGUCGUGACCUGGAUUGUGGGCGCCAAGCAUUAUCAUGAUUUGGACAUUGAUUAUGUUGGAAUUUGGAAUGAGAGGACAUGUGAUACCAAUUAUAUCAAGGUGUUAAGAAAAAUGCUGAACUAUCAAGGUCUCCAGCGAGUGAAAAUCAUAGCAAGUGAUAAUCUCUGGGAGCCUAUUUCUGCUUCCAUGCUGCUUGACGCCGAACUCUUAAAGGCGGUUGACGUUAUAGGGGCUCAUUAUCCUGGAACCCAUUCAGUAAGGGAUGCGAAGUUGACUGCGAAGAAGCUUUGGGCUUCUGAAGAUUUUAGCACUUUAAAUAGUGACGUGGGCGCAGGCUGCUGGGGUCGUAUACUGAAUCAGAAUUACAUCAAUGGCUAUAUGACCUCGUAAGUUAGCAAAAAUCUUUUAGGCUUCAUGUUGCUGUUGAAGAAACCCUAUUACCAUUUUUAUCCUACUUGGAUCUUUCUCUGCUUUUCUAUAGCUCAUACCACUCAGUUUACUCAACCAGGUUGGUAUUACCUGAAGACAGUUGGCCAUUUAGAGAAAGGAGGAAGCUAUGUAGCUCUGACUGAUGGCUUAGGCAACCUCACCAUCAUCGUUGAAACAAUGAGUCAUAAACAUUCUGUGUGUAUACGGCCAUUUCUUCCUUAUUUCAAUGUGUCACGACAAUUUGCUACCUUUGUUCUUAAAGGAUCUUUUAGUGAAAUUCAGGAGCUACAGGUGUGGUAUACCAAACUUGGAAAACCAUCUGAAAGAUCUCUUUUUAAGCAACUGGAUUCUCUAUGGCUCCUUGACAGCGAAGGUAGUUUCACCCUGGAAUUGCAAGAAGACGAGCUGUUCACGCUCACCACUCUUACCACAGGUCGCAAAGGCAGCUACCCACUUCCCCCGAAAUCCCAGCCCUUCCCGAGUACCUAUCAGGAUGAUUUCAACGUUGAUUACCCAUAUUUUAGUGAAGCUCCGAAUUUUGCUGAUCAGACUGGUGUAUUUGAAUACUUCACGAAUAUCGAAGAUACUGGAGAGCAUCGCUUCACACUACGGCAAGUUCUCAAUCAACGGCCCAUCACGUGGGCUGCUGACGCAUCCAACACCAUCAGUGUUAUUGGAGAUUACACAUGGACCAAUCUGACUAUAACGUGUGACGUUUACAUAGAGACCCCUGAGACGGGAGGUGUGUUCAUUGCAGGAAGAGUAAACAAAGGUGGUAUUUGGAUUAGAAGUGCCAGAGGAGUUUUCUUUUGGAUUUUUGCAAAUGGCUCUUACAGAGUUACAGGUGAUCUCGCAGGAUGGAUCAUAUAUGCUUUAGGACGUGUUGAAGUUACAGCAAAAAAAUGGUAUACCCUCACGUUAACUAUUAAGGGUCGUUUAGCCUCUGGUAUGUUGAAUGACAAGUUUCUGUGGACAGACAUCCCUGUGAAUUUCCCGAAGAAUGGCUGGGCUGCUAUUGGAACUCACUCCUUUGAAUUCGCACAGUUCGACAACUUUCAUGUGGAAGCCGCACGCUAAUAAUCGCAGGACAUCAUAGAACACUCUUUGGAUUUUCUUCCUUUCUUUUUGAUUUUGGUUCAAAGCCAAUUCUUGUUUUGAUGGACCAAUAUAUGAGCCUUUGGAGGCUAAAAAUAAUGAAGAAUAAGUGGGGAGAAAAAUAUAUGUUUGCUGGAGCCUGUAGAAGAUUUUAUUAGAACUAAUUCCAGAGGGAAAACAAGUGAAUCUUUAACACUACCUGGUGUGUUCCCUAACAUUUCAAGCUGUACAUCACUCAUCCUUAGGAGUGGUUUGAGUGGUUCAGACGUUGAAGCCUCGGGGCUAAUACUGAGGUCACUGUCUUCAUCUUAUUUGCAAGUGAUCAUGCGGAUGACCGUCACUGAGAUGUGUUUAUGAAUGCUGACCUUGUGUGUCAGUGAGCUGGUGUCCUCAUCAUAAGAUGAUGCUGCCAUAAUAGGAAGCCGAGGGACACUGGAAGUAGCUUUUUGAAGAACACUUCGACAUGUUAUCCUUACACUCUAAAAAGUACUUUUUUUUCUUUUCCUUUUUAAGAUGAUGCUUUUGAAUUGCAUAAUAUGGUGAGUGGGAUGAUUUAAAAAAUGCCUCAUUAAUAAACUACCUCUAAAACUAUUUCUGCAGUAAUAAAUACUAGCAGAUUAACUGGGUUAUUUGCAUUCUUUAAUUCUUUAGAUUCCAGCUUUUAGUCUUAUAACCCUUAUAACCUGUGAAUGAUCUCCCAGGUGGCUAGAUGAAGGGAGAAAACCUAUAAAGCCAAUGCUGUGAGUGAGUCGAGAGACAAAGCUGUAGCAAUUUUCUGUGUCUUAUUUCACUGUGCCUUUCGUGGUCUGUCCUCACAUGUGGCACUGGUGACAGACUAAAACAGCGAGUGAACGCUUUUGUCUCAUGUGUGGAAGGAGAACACUUAGCCUUUUGCUAGCUCAUGGAAUUGGAUCAUCUAAUGUUUUGUACGGUUAAAUGCACUUAUUUUUUAAAA